AAUUAUUCCAAAGAUGAUUAAAAUUUAAAAUAAAGUUGACAAUUCCUAGCAACCCUUAUAAAGAUAGAGAUUAAAAAUUGAUUAAGAGGUCAAAUUAAAUUUGAUUAAUAGUGUGAUUAAUGAUCAUUUACCAGUCUAUUAGGUUAUUUUCAAUUAUUUUUAAUUAGGCAGCCAAACUUCACAAGUUAAAGUACUCUUCGGCAAAGCAUAUUUUUAGAAAUUAUUAAAGAGACACACAUAAUUUCUUUUCGAAAUAGAGGAAAAGAAGAUUAAUGCGCAAAUGUUAGAAUAUUAUUAUUGAUGUUGCUUCUGGGGAAAUUAAAUUGUUUGAAUAGAAUAGUGCACUUCUAACUAAUGUUAAGGAACGAAUUAUUAAUUGUUUGAAUAAUUAAAUAGUCUCCAUUUUAUCAAAGUUACUAUUUUAAGAAAUAAAUAUUGCUAGGAGAGAUUGUUGCAUCAAUUAAAAUCAUAAUUUAGAUGAAUAGUUAGUUAAAAUAAAAAAAGUGCUUAAUAAUUAAUAUUAGAAGAUGCUUAUAAAUUAAAAUUGA